AGCAGUCAAAGCUGGCUCGGUCAAUCCACUUUUGGCUUUGGCACCUUUGAAAUCUACCGAAAAGUUGAAAGCCAGCUGGCUGAAUCCUAAGUCCAUGAGUAUGACUGCGUUAUUGGGUGCAUUACAUGCUCUGUACGUGCCCUUGGAGGUGCGUGAAUUUGCAGUUCAGCCGCGCCCGAGCGGCGCUGCAAAAUCCAUCAAAUCGACCAAGGUCGAGUCUCUCAGUUGGUUCUCUGGUUCUCACUUGGCAGUGGAUCACGAGAAGUUGGUCAGUCUGGCUUGGAGCCUAGAAGAAGGUCGUCGCGUAGCUCGUGAUAUUGGCGGAUCGGACCCAGAACGGAUGUGCGCCAGCCACAUUGUUAGCUACCUCAAAACCGAAUUUGCAAACAGCAACGUUCAUCUUAAGCUCGAGCCCGUGGACGCGGAGCAGUAUCCUCUCGCCGCUGUUGUCGAUCGGGGCAGUGACACUCGUCAUGCUGGAUCCAUCGUUCAUCUGGAAUACACCAGUCCGGUGGAUGCCGGUACCAAAGAGUCCGAUCUCACGAAUCUGUAUCUUGUCGGCAAAGGUAUCGUCUACGAUACGGGUGGCUCUGACCUGAAGGUUGGUGGUAACAUGGCCACAAUGCAUCGAGACAAGUGUGGAGCCGCUGCGGUGGCCGGAUUCUUCAAGGCAGCCAGCCUACUCUCACCGAAAAAUCUGAAGCUUCAUGGUAGCCUGGCCAUCGUCCGUAAUAGUAUUGGACCCAAUGCCUACGUCAGCGAUGAACUAGUCACCUCUCGGGCUGGGGUUCGUGUUCGAGUGAACAAUACUGACGCGGAAGGCCGCAUGGUGAUGACGGAUCUGCUAUGCGAGGCGAAGGAGUGGGCUUUGCAAGUACACAAUCCUCACUUGAUAACCAUCGCAACCCUGACCGGGCAUGCAGUCCUGACGUAUGGACCAGAGUACACAGCCAUCAUGUGCAAUGGACCUGCUCGGCGCCUGAAGGCAGAUUUUUUAUUCCAAGAGGCCGGAUCGCUUUUGGGUGAAAUGAGUGAGAUAUCUACUCUGCGUCGCGAGGACUACGAAGCACACAAUGCUCAGGAAGAAUACGCGGACUUGAUCAAUACGGCUCGUCCGGUUGGUGGGAGACGCGUUCGAGGGCAUCAGUCUCCAGCGGCUUUCAUGAUCCUUGCUUCUGGAUUAGACUCUCACAUGGAUAACUCAGAAAAACCAUUACCCUAUACUCACUUCGACAUCGCCGGCAGUCAAGGCCCUUGUCCUGGGAUCCCCACCGCUGUGCCGCUGCUGACCCUUGCCUCACGUUACCUACUCCAAGAUUACUUGGUCGAGUCAACUGCUGCGUGACUGGAAACAUUAAGUGCCAUUAGGGAGAAUUACUUUUUGUCCCGAUAAUCGAUUGAUUGCAUACCUUUUUAUUAACUAAUCUGUGCUUAUCGUAUUAUUUGGUAUACAAAUUACUCAUUGAC